CUUUCAUGAAUAAAUUACUCAUAGAUGUCGCUGUACUCUAAUGAGCCUCCAUGUGAAAAAUUAAAAACUUUGUUGAAAAUUUUCGGAAGAUAUUUUAUGAAUUUAUGGCUUGUGCUCAAAAACCCGGCUUUUUGAGAAGAUAGGAAUUAUUUUUCACAAACUUUUUAUCGGCUGAAUCAUGGGAGGAGUAAUUUUAGAGAACCUCAGCAACAGGAAAUUGAUAGGACUCGGAGUGCUUCUUGGUUUGCUUCUUUUGACAUUUUUCCUUGUGGGUGGUCUUGUUGCACCAACACCAUCUAAUGUCAGCAAUGUGCUGGGAACUAUCUGUAAAGAAAAAAGUCGCACCAAAUCAGCUGCCUGGUACAAGAAAACUUGGUAUACCCCCAGGGGUCCGGGCAAAUGUGAAUCUGCUAAUACCUUAGAUGAGCUAGGCCCUGAUGUCCAUAAUAACCAAGUGGUGUUUGCUUUCAUGAUACCUCUACCACGAGAUGGUCACAAUCUACAGAUGUCAAGUUGGUUCCAACAUAUAACAUCAGUGCUUGAUAUCAAUAUAGAGUACCAGGAGGGAAAUGAGAUCAAGGAAAAUGCUAUGGUGAGCCUGGAGUUGAAACUAGGAGGAAGGAACAAGGAUACUGAGCCAUGGACUCUAAUAGCAGCUGCUGAGGAGAUCAGGACUCUGGACUGUUCAAUAGAACAAUCAUUAAAAACACACGGCCAGCAAUACAAUUGCAGUGUCCUACCACUGUUUGAGUUGGGAAGUUGCCAUUACUCCUUCUACCUUUUGAACCUGCGUCUUCCUACGUUUGACUAUGAUGAAAUUACUGAAGAGCAUGUCGAAGGAAAAAAUACUGGCAUUGGAAAAGUUGUUGAUAUAUGGACAGUGUUCAUCAACCAGAAUGGAGGCUUCACAAAAGUUUGGUUCUCCAUGAAGACAUUGAUGUUCCCCACUGUGUUAAUGGUCCUUUGUUGGUUCUGGAGACGCAUAAUGAUGUUGGAACGCAAACCAAAUCUCCUUGAAAAAGCAUUGCUUUGCCUUGGAAUUGCUCUCACUCAGUUGAAUUUGCCUAUUGAGUGGUUCACCCUGUGGUUUGACUUCCCCUUCAUGUUGCUUUUGAGUGACAUUAGACAGGGUGUCUUCUACUCCUUCCUCAUGUGCUUCUGGAUUAUAUUCAGUGGCGAACAUAUGAUGGACCAGGUAGAGAGGAGUCGACUUGUACAAUACUGGAAACAUCUUAGUGCUGUUCUCUUUGGCUGCAUUUGCCUGUUUGUCUUUGAAAUGUGUGAAAGGGGUGUCCAGCUGACGAAUCCAUUCUACAGUAUCUGGAGCACUGACGCGGGAUCCAAGCUGGCUCUUGGUUUUGUGGUUCUGGCUGGUAUUGCCGCCUGUACGUACUUCAUCUUCCUCUGCUAUAUGAUCUUCAAGGUCUUCAGAAACAUUGGUGCCAAGAAAAAUUCUUUGCCACAGAUGAGUGCGAUCAGGAGGAAGUAUUACAUGGGCCUGAUCUACAGAUUCAAGUUCCUGAUGUUGUCCACACUGAUCUGUGCUGCCAUGACUGUUAUAUUCUUCAUCAUCAGUCAAGUCAGUGAGAGCCAGUGGAAAUGGGGCGAGGAGAACAGUUUGGAGUACACAAGUGCUUUUCUAUGUGGAGUGUAUGGAAUGUGGAACCUGUAUGUUAUAGCUCUACUUGUCCUCUAUGCCCCCUCUCACAAGUAUGUUUCUGCGGCAGAUGAAGAUGACAGUUUAGAUGAACAGAUCGAGUUUACUCAAAUAGCUUCUGAGUCUUCAGCACUUGCUUCAUUCGCCCGUAAAGCUGCUGCUGACUAAAGGGGGCGCCACAAGAACAAAAUUGGAGAACAAUGCAAGAAUCAUCAGAUUAGUAAAACUCCCCAAGAUUUGCGAUAUUUAAAAAAUUGUUGAACAUAAUCACCAAACUUAACUAUAUAUUUAACUUCCAAGCUUAUAAUAAGCACAUUUUAUUACUUCCAAACUUAUUAUAAGCAUGUUUUAAAGUUAUCACUAGUUGUAUAUUAUGGUAAAGAAUAUUAUUUAUUAUUUUUUGACUGCUGAUAACUGGUGCCAAUGGUUUCUAUAAAGUUUGGUGGUUAUUGUCAAAUCUAAGCAAGCAGUUAACUAACAUUAUAUAGGACAACUUAGUUAACACAGUUUAAUAGCAUUACUACAUUUAUACAGCAAUAUUUAGGAGCCAUGUGAUACUGUAAAAGUUGUAAUUUUGCCUAAUAAUUUAAUUUGCCUAUUGCCUAAUUUUUGCCAGAUUCAGAAAAUCAAAUGUCGGAAAU